GUUCCCCACCAAACUCGACCUCCCCGUUCCGGUCCUCGCGCACCGCACGGCGCACGCGCUUCCGCUUUGGCUUCUUCACGGCUUCCCCGUCCCCGUCCGGCACCAACCCAACCCAACCCAACGCUCCCCUCGCUUCCCCUCCCCUUUUCCACUGCCCACCAAUUGAUAGCCCACCUCACCUCCGCACCUGCAGUUUCGUGCACCGCACUUCACCACCCACCUACCUCUCCCCGUCAAAAAUUAUCCACGCUACCCGCCGACGACGAGUGCGAUCGAUUCGACUCGGAGGGGGAAGCGGGGGGCAGAGGGAGGCCAGAUCCGGGUGCCGCGAUGAUGAAGUCGCUGCUGCCGCAGAGCGGGCUGCGGCGCUCGGCGGCGGCGACCGCGCGGUCGUCGGGGGCGGCCGCCGCCGGCGACGUGGCGGCGGCCGAAAGCGGGGGCGCGGUGGCGCGGGCGCCCGCCUCGUCGACGUUCUGGUUCCUGCUCCACGCGCUCUGCUGCCUCAUCUCGCUCUUCCUCGGCUUCCGCUUCUCGCGGCUCCUCUUCUUCAUGCUCUUCUCCACCACCGCGCUCUACCGCUCCACCACCUCCUCCUCCGCCGCCGCGGUCCUGCGCGCUACGACCACGACCACGACCACUACCACGACCACGACCACCACCACCAACACCUUCACGCUGUCCUUCGCCGCCGCGAACCCUCCCCCCUCCUCCACCGGUAACUGGACCACCCUGGAUGGCGCGGCGGUGGACAAGGCGGGAACGUCCGGGAACCUCCAGAGCCACGUGGUCGUGGGGCGGCACGGGAUACGGAUCCGGCCGUGGCCGCACCCGGACCCCAUCGAGGUGAUGCGGGCGCACCAGAUCAUGGAACGCGUGCAGGAGGAGCAGCGCCGCUGGUACGGGGUCAAGGAGCCGAGGCAGGUGCUCGUCGUCACGCCGACCUACUCCCGCGCGUUCCAGGCGCUACACCUCACCGGCCUCCUCCACACCCUCCGCAACGUGCCCUACCCACUCACAUGGAUCGUCGUCGAGGCAGGCGGUACCACCAACGCCACGGCGUCCCUCCUUGCGCGCUCCGGCCUCACCUUCGUUCACAUCCCCUUCCCUGACCGCAUGUCCCACGAUUGGGCCGACCGCCACGCCACCGAGAACCGGAUGCGCCUCCACGCCCUACGGGUGAUCCGGGAGAGGAAGAUGGAUGGUGUAGUUGUGUUUGCAGAUGACAGCAAUGUGCACACCAUGGAGCUGUUCGAUGAGGUGCAGAAGGUCCAAUGGAUGGGUGCGGUGUCUGUGGGUAUCCUUGCGCAUACUGGAAUGGCAGACCAACCACGCCUUAGCGAAGAGGACAAAAAGAAUAUGCCUCUUCCGGUACAGGGUCCUGCUUGCAACUCCUCUGGUCACCUGGCUGGAUGGCACACGUUUAACUCACUGCCAUUUGCUGGGAAGACUGCGACGGUGGUUGGCGAGGCAGCCCCAGUGCUGCCGAGGGGUUUGGAGUGGGCUGGCUUUGUUUUGAACUCAAGGAUGCUGUGGAAGGAGGCAGAAGGCAAGCCUGAUUGGGUGAAGGAUCUUGAUGCUGUGGGCGAGAAUGGGGAGGAGAUUGAGAAUCCACUUACUCUGUUGAAUGAUCCAUCCUCUGUUGAGCCGUUGGGGAACUGUGGGAAGAAAGUCCUACUGUGGUGGCUCCGUGUUGAAGCCCGAGCUGAUAGCAAGUUUCCUCAGGGGUGGGUAAUCGAGCCACCUUUGGAAGUUGUUGUUCCUGCGAAACGCACUCCAUGGCCAGAAACAACCACCGAGCUACCAUCCGAGUUGUUGGAUGCCAAACAAGACCCGGAGGAUAGGCGUUUGUCAAGAACCAACAAAUCAUCUCGGCCCCGAAGCACCACGAAACGGAAGGACCUUCAAGGGCAAGAGAAAUGAUGAAAAAUGUACUGGCCUUGUAUUUUAUAUCUUACACGGUCAUCUUACACCUGCAAAGUACAGUAGGAAGCAUAUCCCGUUGAUCUGAUGGUUGCGUUCACUUUUCUGAUGUUUUGCUAAUUUGGCAAUGGUUCAUACCUGGAUAUGUCUUCUGUAGAAUGCAAACUUUUUUCGUAGUUGUAUCUGUUGUGAUGUAAUAUACACUGCUUUGAGCAUUGGAAAUGGUGGCUGAAUUCUGGCAGUCGUGUAUGCUUCUGAA